AUGGCUAUUUUAAUAUUUCAGAGUUUGUCAGAAGCUGAAAAAAGAAAGUUUUUCGAAAUUGAAAAAACUGUUGAGUGGAUUAAGAGCAACCAUUAUACACGUGUAGCGGCUCAGUUUCCAGAUUCCUUAUUGAGAUUUGCUUCUGACGUUGUACACUGGUUAGAAGAAGGAAUAGAUAUAAAAGCGUUUAUUCUUGGUGAUUCUUCUUAUCGAAGUUGUUGUGUAGAUGAAAUAGCUGCGGAACAUGCAGAUGUCGACUGUAUUAUCCAUUACGGUGACGCAUGUUUAAGUGAAUAUUCUGGCCGCUAUCCUAUCCAAUACGUUUUUGGGAAUAUCUCUUUCAGUAUCGAAGCUUUUAAAAUAGCAUUCACACAAAACUGUCCGAAAAUUUCUGAUACUUGCUUGCUUUUGUAUGAUGUGGCUUACGCAAAUUACAGCGGUAAAUCUGCUUCUUUUGGACGGUGCGUUCCAGAAGACUUUGACAACAAAUUUUCUGAUGUGAUGGUUGCGUUUAUUGGUCAGGAAAACAGCCCUUUACUAACAUUGUGGUUAUUGGCUCAUGUAAAUUGCACUAAAAUUUUCGCCUAUGAUCCACUUACUGGUCACUCUUCAUUUUCUCAAUCUGGAGCCCUGCGGCAACUGAAAAAGCGUUUAUUUUUGGUUGAAAAAGUGAAAGAUGCUACUACGGUUGGAAUAGUCGUUUGUUGCGUAGGUGCUUCUGGCGUCAAGAAAACCAUAGACAGAUUAAGACGACUGUGCAAAAAAGCAGGGAAAAAAGCUUAUGUCUUUUCAGUUGGAAAGCCUAAUGUUGCUAAACUAUCAAAUUUUGCUGGAGACGUUGAUGUUUUCAUCAUUCUUUCUUGCCCUUAUGGAAUUAUUCUUGAUACUUCUGACCACUAUCGUCCCGUUGUUAGCGUUUUUGAAGCAGAGAUAGCUCUGAAUCCGGAUAAAGAGUGGUCCGCGUCUCAUGGUUGGAUAGCCGAUUACAAAGCUUUUAUGGAUGAUAAAAUUGGAGAAGUCAAUGAGCAGGAACCGGAUAUGAGUCUGGUCACUGGAAAGAUAAGAGACGUUCAGUCAAAAAAUGGCCACGAGAAUCUUAAUAACGACCAGAUUAUUCUGUACAAUGCAGGUGAUUAUGUCGGGGAUCGGACAUGGAGGGGUCUUGACGAUACGUGUCUCGGUAACGAAAGUACGCAGGUUGAAGAAGGUAGGAAGGGAAUUGCUUCUCACUACACUUCUGAGGCACUGUAG